AUGGGCACCGGGAUGAUGGUCGGAAUGAACACGGCGCUGUCGAUAUUUGCAGGCUCUCUCUUCAGCUGGGGCGUCAUUGGCCCAAUCCUCACCCGUACAGGCUCAGCCUCUGGUCUAGCCAUUGGUGAUGACAGUGAGAAGUGGAAGCCACUGAUGACGUUUGCCAGUAUGAACCUCAAGGACCCAGUGGGCAACCCCAGUCCUCGAUACUGGCUCCUUUGGCCUGGGGUUUUGCUGAUGGUGGCAGUCUCCGUCGUGGAAGUUCUCUGCCAGCGUGAGAUCUUUCGACACAGUGCAUCCAUAGCCGUACGGGGUGUUGGCGUUGCGGCCCAUGCUGUGUUCAAGAAACUAGGCCGCACUCCGCCUAAAGCCCUGGAGCGGUUUGCGAGGAACGACAUGGACGACGUCGACGAGUUCGAUGACCAUUCGCACGAAAUCAAACCUUGGAUGUGGAUGGUUGGUUUAUUCGCCUCCAUUGUGGUGACUUGUGCGAGCGCUCGAGCACAAUGGGGGAUGCCCAUCGGCAUGACCAUCGUCUCCAUCAUCAUUGCCGUCCUGUUCACCCUCCUUGCUAUUCUCAGCACAGGAAUGACAGACAUGACGCCGCUAACUGCCGUCUCCAAGUCGUCACAACUAGUCCUGGGUGGCAUGACCCGCAAUGGCCAAUAUGACAAGGCGAGCGCAGAAACAUUAAACUCGAUUGGAGGUCUUGUGGCCGCCGGUGUUGCCAACCAAGCCACGGAUCUUACGGCCGACUUUCGCAUAGGCUUCCUGCUCCGGACUCCCCCUCGGGCACAGUGGAUUGCCCAAGGCAUUGGGAGCUUGGCUGCCAUCUUCCUAGCGCCCGCCAUCUUCCUCCUCUUCGCACAGGCUUACCCGUGUAUUCUGGACGUGUCCAGUGAGUCGUGCGCAUACAGCGCGCCUUCUGCGACAGCGUGGAGGGCCGCCACGAUUGCCGCCACCAGCCCCACGCUGCCUAUCCCCAGGUCCUCGGGCAUCUUCGCCAUCUGCCUCGCCGUACUGGGCAGUUUGACGACAGUGGUCAAAUAUUUCUACUUUGUCGGCCCUCGUCAGAAAUACCGCAAUUACCUUCCCAACUGGAUGGGUUUCGGCGUCAUGAUGGUCGUCCCCCAGCCAUGCAUUGGGCUGGCUGUCCUUAUCGGUGCCAUCCUGUCCAAGGUUUGGGAGAAGUUCAGGCCCCGCAGUCACAAUGACUAUCUAUUUGCUGUCAUUGCAGGAAUGAUCUCAGGUGAGGGAGUCGGUGGCAUUUUCAAUGCCAUCCUUGCCAUCGCUGGGGUAUCGGCUGGGACGACAGUGGGAUGUCCUGCUGGCAUGUGCUAG